CCGGUACAUGACACUUGACACACACACCAGCCGGCUGAGGCGCUGAGCCAGUCACCGCGGUGCGAGCGCCCAGUCCCGGCCGCCGCCAGCGCUCGAUGCUGACCGCCGCGUGCAAGUUCCGCAACAAAUCCGGCCUCGCCAGCACCACCCGUGUUAUGCCCUUCUUCCUCUCCACCUCCGCCACCGUCACUCCGCUCUGCCCUCCUCCGUCCCCAUACCCUAGCCCCCACUUCCGCCUCCCUUACUUGCCCCGCCGCGGUCUCGCCUUCCUCGCCGCCGCUGCGUCGCCGCGGACCCUGCCCCCCACGCCCAGGCAGGCCAUGGCGUCGCUGGCGACGUCGACGGCGGCCGCCGCCGCCGCGGAGGUGACGCACCUCUCGCAGCGCGAUGCCGCGGAUAUCGACGAGCAACUCAUGGGCCCCCUCGGUUUCAGCGUCGACCAGCUCAUGGAGCUCGCUGGGCUAAGCGUCGCUACGGCCGUCGCGGAGGUUUAUAAGUUGAGUGAACAUACAAGGGUUCUUAUCAUCUGUGGUCCGGGAAAUAAUGGUGGUGAUGGUCUGGUUGCUGCUCGGCAUCUUUAUCAUUUUGGAUACAAGCCCUUUGUUUGUUAUCCAAAACGUACGGCAAAACCUCUGUAUUCUGGUCUUGUUACUCAGCUUGAAUCGCUGGCUAUCCCGUUUGUGCCUGUUGAAGACCUACCUCAGGAUUUAUCAGGGCAGUAUGACAUUGUUAUUGAUGCGAUGUUUGGUUUCUCAUUUCAUGGAGCACCCCGGCCACCCUUUGAUGAUCUUAUCCAAAUGCUUGUUUCAUUGAGUGUUAUUGGUGAUUCAGCGAAAAGACCGCCAAUUGUUUCUGUUGAUAUCCCUUCUGGGUGGCAUGUAGAGGAGGGAGAUGUCAGUGGAGGAGGAAUUAAGCCUGAUAUGCUGGUAUCAUUGACCGCACCAAAGCUCUGUGCCAAAAAAUUUACUGGACCCCACCAUUUCCUAGGGGGUAGGUUUGUUCCGCCUCCCAUUUCGAGCAAAUAUGGGCUUGAACUUCCUCCAUAUCCUGGAACCUCCAUGUGUGUGAGAAUUGGAAAAGUGCCGUCAGUUGACAUUUCAUCUCUCAGGGAGAAUUAUAUUUCCCCGGAACUUCUUGAGACUCAAGUGAUGCCUAAUCCGUUCGACCAGUUUCGUACUUGGUUUGAUGAAGCAGUUACUGCUGGCCUGCGCGAACCUAAUGCCAUGGCUUUAACAACUGUCAAUAAAGCGGGAAAGCCUUCUUCAAGAAUGGUUCUUUUAAAAGGCGUUGAUAAGCAGGGAUUCGUUUGGUACACAAAUUACGGUAGCCAAAAAGCACAUGAUUUAUCGGAAAAUUCAAAUGCGGCACUUCUUUUCUACUGGAAUGAGAUGAACCGACAGGUUAGAGUAGAAGGGUCGGUUCAGAAGGUCUCAGAAGAAGAAUCUGAGAAGUAUUUCCACAGCCGCCCACGUGGAAGUCAGCUUGGUGCAAUUGUUAGCAAGCAGAGCACUGUCAUUUCUGGAAGAGAAGUUCUCCAACAAGCGUACAAGGAAUUGGAGCAAAAAUAUUCUGACGGUAGCUUCAUCCCAAAACCCGAUUACUGGGGUGGCUACAGGUUGACACCAAAUCUUUUUGAGUUCUGGCAAGGCCAGCAGUCUCGUCUGCAUGACCGGUAUGUUCUGUACAUUUGUCAUUUGAUUAUCAAUUUUGAUUUUGUCAAAAACCCUUGUUUGAAUAUCUGUGAACAUGUCAAUGUAGUUUUGAACACAGUACUUUUUUAUAUAAACAGGCUACAGUAUUCACAGCGAGAAUUAGGUGGGAGUACAGAAUGGCACAUCCAAAGGUUGUCCCCUUGAUCAGUAACCUCCUUAAAGCUCUCGCCUCUUGGUAAUAAAAGGGGGUGUCGUUUUGGCACCUGCGCACACUUGCUCCUGGUACCUAAUGGACUGCAAUUUCUUGAUUGGAGAUGUGUGCUAGAUGUAUUUUCGUGAUAUAUAUGUGAAUGCAGAAAAGCAAGGUGUAUAAGCCAAUCUAAUGCAGCAGACCAAACUCGCGAGGCAGGCUGUGAAGAUUGCUGUUAUGUUGCUCGUUUGUUUGACGGCUGGCGGUACUCCGAACUCACAUGGGCCAUCGGCCCAGGAUGUAGCAACCCUUAUGUUCCAUGGUUUCCAGCCUGUAACCGAGGGCUCUCUUCACAUUGGAUA